AUGGAUCCUCCGCAGGAGGAUGGCCGGGAAGAGGGCGUCUGCGCCAUCUGCCAGGAGCUCCUGAAGGAGGCUGUGAGCACCGAGUGCGGACACCGCUUCUGUCGAGGGUGCCUGGCUCGGCACGUGGUGAAGGCCUCGGCCUCCGGAGUCCUCUGCUGUCCCUUGUGCCGGAAGCCCUGUUCCGAGGGGGUGCUGGGGCCGGGCUACCUCUGCUCCAGCCACCAGAAGAAGGUGUGCUCUUUCUGUGAGGAGAGCAGACUUCUUGUGUGCAGGGAGUGCCUGGCGUCUCCUGAGCACCAGGGGCACAGUGAGCUGGCCGUUGAGGACGCGGUCAACCACUACAAG